GAUUGACGAUCCAUCUGCGCUUUGCGUUAAAAAAAGCGAAUACCCACGUUACCCAAAUCAUCAUCCCUCAACUCAUCUGCUUUUCCUUCAUUAAGCGACUCAAACGUUCCGUCUUCCAUCUGAUGUCAAGGUCGUUAUCUUUAUUCCGUCAAGGGGGUUCAAAUAUUAAUGGCGGUUCAAGUGGGUAAAUCUUCUUUGGGGGGGUAUAUUCUCGAUGAAUUCAAACACGUCGCACGGUCUUUCACGUAAAAUUCCGUGCAGAAGCGCAGCCUCAUCUGGUUUUGGAGCAUACAUUACUGCAUAUAUAAGCAAAUGCUGAUCAACCACAUCGAUGUAUGGUGGGUUUGUGGCGUGUCUCUAGUUCAUGGGUUGUUCAGAAGCAGCUAUGGACGCUCCAGACUCUCUUGAUCAAGAAGAACAACAUCUGAACGCAAAUCAUUUGGGAGAUAUUUCUUGUACCACAUUCAAUAUCCUGGCGCCAAUUUACAAGCGAUUGAAUAGCGAGAGACGUGAGAGUGAUUUCAGGGAGUACUGGCUUAGCCGUAAUGAAUGCAUAUUGGAAAGGCUACUGCACCUAAAAUCUUCAAUAAUAUGUUUACAGGAGUUCUGGGUGGGCAAUGAAGAACUUGUUGGAAUGUAUGAGAAGCGACUCACUGAUGCCGGGUAUGUCACAUACAAGCUUGCACGGACGAAUAACAGAGGUGACGGUCUAUUAACUGCAGUGCACCAAAACCACUUCCAGGUUCUAAACUACAAAGAAUUAUUGUUCAAUGACUUUGGUGACCGUGUAGCUCAGAUUCUACAUGUCAAGUUAGUUGUGCAUUUUUCUCAGAAGAGAUCUGUUGACAUUGAGAAGGAAGCUCUUAUUGUGAAUACCCACUUACUGUUUCCCCAUAACUCUAGCUUUUGCUUUCCUCGUCUACAACAGGUAUACAAGAUUUUGCAAUACAUUAGAUCAUAUUGUGAAGAAUGCCAGAUUCCACCUGUACCUAUCAUCUUAUGUGGGGAUUGGAAUGGGAGUAAAAAGGGGCAUGUUUAUAAAUUUCUACGAUCACAAGGAUUUGUAUCAUCUUAUGACAUUGCUCAUCAUUACACAGACAGCGAUGAAGAUGCACACAAGUGGGUCAGUCAUCUCAAUCACAGAGGAAAUUUAUGUGGAGUGGAUUUUAUUUGGCUCUACAAUCCCAACAAUCAUCGAAAGCCAAUGAAUCAAAGCUUCAUGGAAGCAGUUCUGGGAAAUAUUAAGAGUCAUCUUUUCAAAGUCUCAAUUGAAGGUACUGAAUCACUACAUCUUCUAAAAACCAGCCAAAAAGUUCGCAGCUACAUCACAUACUCUCAAUUCUCUCAAACUCUUACUGAGUUAGGUAUACCCAGUCACCCUCUUUAUGGCUGUAGUAUUGAAGAAAUAAAGGCUUUAUGGGACCAUGUAGACACUGACAGAGAUGGAGUAAUUGAUUUUUCACACCUUGAUCAAUCACAGAGGACUUUGAACUUGCACCAGUUAUUUUGGCAAAGAGAAGAAGACAGUGAAGAACCUGCAUGGAGAGAAACAUUGCCGAAUAUUUCGAACAACGCAACUACCAUAGGUUUCAAUGUUAAGAAUGCUUUCCUCUUCCCUCCUGAAGUUGAAAGGGGGAUUUGGCCUGAGAAUUACUCUCUAUCUGACCAUGCACACCUCACUGUGGAGUUCUCACUGGUGAGGUUGCAAUGUUAUUGAGCCUGGUUAAUACAUUUUAUGUUACCCUAUAUCAACAAUUUAAUUUGGGUAAUGCUGUUACUGAACUAAAGAAAUGUUCCUAUAUUGAUUUUCCAUGUAAAGAAAUUGCAGUCUUUGUUAGCCUUUACAAUCUGUAAUUGAAUCUUAUCACAGUUAUUUAAUGUGCUGGGUAACUGUAAUUGUUUA